AAAACAUGGUGCUCGGCCGUGGUGCCCGGCACAAGUCUUCAACUUCUCUCUCAGGCAGACUUUGCAUCCUUCAGCCUCCAGCAGGUCUCUGCAGCUGUAGCCAGCAUGCCAAACUCGGACAGGGUUGUCUUAGCUCUUGGAGGAGCGGGGACUGUGGGCUCUGGGAUAGUUAAAGCACUUCUAGAUCAAGGUUUCAAAGUUGCAGUGAUCUCCAGGGACAGCAGCCGACUGGAGAGACUCCGUUCAUUUGUCUCUCCCAACACAAAGGAUAACCUCACUACUAUCGUGGGGAAUGUGGGAUCAGAGGAGGGAGCAGAGCAGGCCAAGCAGGCCUUGCUGAAGGCGGUGGGGAGGGUGACAGACAUUGUCUCUUCUCUGGGCUUCAGCUGGUGGCAGGGAGGACCCCCACACACACAGUCUCUUAAAGACCUACAGUGGGUGGUUGAGACAUUACUUUUCAGCACGUUUGUCUCAUGGAAGGCCUUCUUUCCCUUGGUGAGAGACGACCCCAACUGCACCUACACCUUCAUAACAGGAGGAGCAGGUGAGAAGCUGCUGAUGCCAGGUACAGGCUUCCUGACAGUCGGAGCUGCCAGCACCCUGGCCUUCUGUCAGGUUCUACGAGAGGAGUACCCUGAUGUGCCCUGCAAGCUCAACCAGGUGAAAAUCAACACAGGUGUAGGCACUCCAGAGCGCAUCGCACCCGGCUACCUGAACCACCUGGACCUGGGCGAAGCCGUCGCCGCCCUUGUGGAAAGACCAAACACCUCCCACACUGUCUUUACCAUCAACUGCCCCGCUGACCUAAAGACUGUCCUUCUGGAGAGGAACCUUUAAUUCUUCUUCCAGAAUCUUUUACCACAUCUACACUUCUUCUUCUGCUCCUACAUUCACUGAACUCUCUCAAAGAAAAAAAAAAUGUACAUCUUCUUCUUUUGUUUGUUUUCUUCUCCAAGAACUAUGAACCCUGUCUAUGCAUACCAUUUCAAUUGUUGUUUCAAAUAACACUGUAUAUAAUCUGAUGCCUUUCUUGUAUUAAGUAAGCAACUAUUUCCUCUGCACGAGCUGUUGUGAUAUGUCUGUAAAAGAAAUCUGGUCUUUUUUUUCAAUGUACGUGGCGUAAAUUUAGAGCUCUGAAGGCAAAUCUGAAAGGAGGGAUUUUCGAUUCAAUACAGCCAAGUUCACUCGAGUUCUCCACUGACUGUUAAACAGCAGGUUGAAAAAACAAACUACUUAAGGUACCCCAAUGAGAUAUGAUAUUGUGUCUUGGUGGGUGGACGCCGGUUCAUUCUUAUUCUGUAUGAGUUUCAUGCUAUUCCACAGUUUGCAAAUUGGUGGCAUAAUUGCCAAAAAACAUAAUAAGUGAGCUAGUAAACAUAGGUUCAAAUACGUUUGAUCAAAACUGAAUUUGUGAAUAUUUAACAAAGUUGGACUUGUGUCAAUUUAGUAUUGAAUGUAAAUGUUACUUUUUGAACUGGACUAGUCCAUUGGGUAUCUUUUCAAAUCCUGAAAUUAAAAAAGAGCAACAGGUAGAGACUGGGGGGAAUACAUCUCUACUACUUAUUCCUGGUCUGACAUUUUAAGGACUCAGCGAUAGUGUGGAUGUAGCUGGUAGGUGAGUUUUGUUGAUGAUUUGACCUUCCUUAGAUUUUAUGAAAUAGAAAAAGAUCCUAGGAAUACUGAAGACUAGGGGCACUCUAGAUGGGAUGUUAAGAGCCUGACAGACUAAACCAUUCGUAACCUUUUGUGGAAGAGACAUUGUAAAUUUAAGCCCUCUUAAAAUGAAUGGCAGGCCUGUAGAAAAUGUUGGAUUUUAGUAUUUAAGUUGCAAGGAGUCUAUCCACCUUUUCCAGAUGAGUUGCAUUUCCUGUGUUUCCACAAAAGGAACACGUUUAUGUGAUGUGUUGCCCAAUCACAGCUAAAUAGAAAUAUGUUUAAACAUGUUUAAUUUAUCCAAUUGUCUAUACUCAAGUCGGAGAGGAAAGUCUGACAUUACAGCCUGCGAUGGCUGCAUACUGCCUCCCGAUUUCUCCAAGAAAACUGUAGGUAAGGGCACAUUAGCAUUUCUAAAGCCACACAAAAAUGUGACAGGUUUGAAAGAAGAGAGAGAGAGAGAUAUUAGCAAUUUCAGAAGCUUUUAAACAAUGUGAUAAGCAUGUUGUUGAAGCAUUCCGACUGGUUAUGUGCUUGAAGUGAACAAGUACAUAAAAUGUGUUGACGUAGUUGUUGGUAGAAUUAUUUUAGAAAUUCCAUACUUUCUCACCUCAGCACACCUUGUUUAGUGCUGCAAAAGACAGUUUGAUAGUAAGUUUGUCAGUUUGGGGAGUAAAAUAAAAUGGUGGCAGGUGUCAGACCAAACUACACGCAUUUCACUUUAAGCAUACUGACCCCUUGCAGAUGCAGGUAUUAGCCCCAGAAUAGUAAUAGUCAUUGGCAUGCUAUAAUGAAACACCCGAUCAGAACUUGACUGAUUUGUGUACACAAAGGUUCCAGCAUGGAUUUGUCCUUUUUAUCCCUUAAUGCAGAGUUUAAAUAUGUCAAAUGGAAGCUUAAAUAUGCAGCAUUUUGCUUUUAAAGUCCAAUAAACCAGAUAUGUCCUA